AUGAGAAUUGUGGUAAAAAGAUAUAUAUUUUAUCUGAUUCUUUACCAAUAACAGCAGAAUAAAUAACCAUAUUAUAAAAUUAUUCUAAAUCAUUAGAACCUCCAGUUCCUAUUGAAACAAUUGUUCCAUUAUUAAAAGGAUUAAUAAAGGUAGAAAAUUAUACUGUUGACAAAAGAUCAACUAUACAUUUAUUUGCAUUAUUUGCAAUUAUUUGUGGAGUUAUUUUAUUAGCUUGUAUAAGAGCUUUUAAGAAAAGAGUUGAAGAAACUUCUCCUUAAAAUGAUUAAUUGCUGA